UUUAUUUAAUUAAAUAAAACCAAAACGUUUUGUUGUGUACGUCCCUUUGCAUUUGCAUUGCGCCUCGUAGAAGCUGAUACACAAAAAUCCAUUGUUCAUUGAAGAAGACGCUUGCUUGUUCUUUCUUCUUCACAGGAAACUGAGUUGAAAUCUUGUCAAAGUCUAUCUGCAACAAUACAUCUCAAUAGCGUAUAAACUGUUUGUUGAAUUGUAUUUUCAAAGUCUGCAAUUCUACUUGGCAGUCAAUUUUGAUAGAAUAAUGGCUUUUCCUGGUUCCUUGCAACUGUCCCAUGGAUUGGGCCUUUGCAGGAACCCAAACCCGAGCCCUAACAAAGAUAUGAGGGUAACAGGGAGAUGCAAGUUACAAUUAUUCAAUGAAUAUCCCUCAUGUUCAGUUUUGUUCAUGAAACAGGACUACAGGGGUCUUCAACACCUCCGUCAUGUAAACAAGUCAACACGUAGAUUGUCUUGCAAAUCACGAUCUUUUAAAUGUCAUUGUUUUUUAGUGUCAGGCCAACAAAUUGUUCCUUCUACUAAGGUGGUUGCUACAGUACUGACAAGGUGCUGUAAUGUGUUACAAAAUAGUUCAGUCAUUGUAAAGUUGAUUCCUGCUAUUGGCACUAUCAUUUUUGCAGUAUGGGGUGUUGGCCCAUUAAUGUUUCAGACAAGGAAACUUUGUUUUCAGAAGAGUGAUAAUAGUUGGAAAAAAAGUACCACUCAUUACAUAGUAACUUCAUACCUUCGACCACUACUAUUAUGGACUGGAGCCAUACUUAUUUGCAGAUCAUUUGAGCCAGUAAUUCUACCUACCGAAGCUAGCCAGGCUGUUAAGGAACGACUUUUGAGUUUCGUUAAAUCAUUGUCGACUGUAGUGGCUUUUGCCUAUUGUUUAUCAAGUGCAAUUCAACAGGCACAAAAAUUUGUAACAGAGAAUGCAGAUGCAAGUGAGACAAGAAAUAUGGGGUUCCAAUUUGCAGGAAAAGCUGUUUAUUCUGCUGUAUGGAUUGCUGCUUUUUCAUUGUUUAUGGAAUUGCUGGGCUUCUCUACCCAAAAAUGGGUCACUGCAGGAGGUUUUGGGACAGUUUUGUUGACUCUUGCUGGUCGUGAGAUAUUUACAAACUUCCUUUCAAGCGCGAUGAUUCACGCAACUCGGCCUUUUGUUGUAAAUGAAUGGAUUCAAACAAAGAUUGAAGGAUAUGAAGUUUCUGGCACUGUUGAGCAUGUUGGCUGGUGGUCCCCAACAAUUAUACGAGGCGAAGAUCGUGAAGCUGUACACAUUCCAAACCACAAAUUUACAGUGAAUGUUGUGCGAAAUCUCAGUCAAAAAACACAUUGGAGAAUCAAAACUCACCUAGCCAUUAGUCAUUUGGAUGUAAAUAAGAUCAAUAACAUUGUUGCUGACAUGCGGAAAGUAUUAGCCAAAAAUCCUCAAGUUGAGCAGCAGAAGUUGCACAGGAGAGUGUUUUUGGACAAUAUAAGCCCUGAAAAUCAGGCCCUCAUGAUUCUGAUUUCUUGUUUUGUCAAGACCUCACAUUUUGAAGAAUAUUUGUGUGUUAAGGAAACUAUACUAUUGGAUCUUCUUAGAGUUAUCAGCCAUCACCGAGCCCGACUUGCAACACCAGUCCGUACCCUACUGAAAGUAUAUAGUGAUGCCGACUUGGACAACAUUCCAUACGCAGAUUCUGGAACAGUUUCUAACCGCCCAUUAUUAGUGAUUGAAUCGCCUUACAAAAACAAUGCAGAUGAUAAAACAAAAAGUCGAUCAACACGUGCAACUGUUGAUCAAGAUAACAAGACAACUGUGCAAACCAAACUUGAUGCCAAGACAGACAAGGUUGGACCAAUAGGAGCACCAGAUACCAAAGUUAGAGAAACUCAAGAUAACUCUGAGGUGGACACCAAAGUCAUGGCAUCUAUCUCUGAUGCAAAUGAAAACUUUAAACUUGAUUCUGAAGUGGGUGAAAACAAGCCACUGAGAUCAAAUUUAAACAAGGCAAAUAUAGAGGUGCCCGAAAUGUCUCCUAUUUCUUACUCCAAAGUAACUGGUUUAGAAUUAGAUAAUUCAUCCCAGAAGGACAUCCAUGUGAAACAAUCUAAGGGUCAGACCAUUAAAAACAUCAAGGUGAAGGUUGACUCAGACAGUCUAGUUUCCUCAUCGACAAACAAUAUUGACAAAGCCAAUGGAAAUGUGCCAACAAAACAGGAAGGAGAAAGGAAACCCGCUGCAUCCAGGCCUGUUCUUGAAGAAAAUAUUGUACUCGGCGUUGCAUUGGAGGGAUCAAAGAGGACACUUCCUAUCAAUGAGGAGAUUGACACAGUGACAACUCAAGAGAACAAGGAAAUGGCUGCUUUCCAGGGUGGAAAUGGAUCUCCAAAGCCUUCAGAUGGGAAUGUAAAGUAAGAUUGUAGUUGCUACUAGAGUAAUAUUUAGUUAUCAGUGAGUUUAACUGGUUAGUUGUUUGAAAGCUUAGUCUUCCAGCUUUUAAGUACAUACUGCUGAAAAAUUUGAACCACAUUCCCUUCCCAGAGAAGCUGUAUAUAUUAUUACUUUAUGUAAUUCAUACACCCCUCAAAGUUCUUGAGCU